UUGGCCUUAAAUGAUAAGAAGUCCACAACGAACCGAACGCACUGAAACAAACUCAACUGAUAUGAGAGUGUGAGUAAAGCCAACAUUAUUGUGUUUUUAUAUCAGCACAAGGGAAGAGUCACGCCCAAUAGUUGGUAGAAGGAAAAAAAAAACGAAAAUGGACAAAGUUUAUCCUUCUGUGCCCUUGGAGGCUCCCAUAGCAGCCACAGCAGGAACAAGUCAAGAGCAAGAACAUCUAUUGACCACAAGAGCACCACCGAGUUAUGAUCAGGCAACAGCGACGCCAGCAACAACCACAGGGCCAGCUCCAACAGCAACACCAUUACCAACAACAACCACACAACAUCACACUGUGGUGGUGGUGCCAGCUGGCUCCACCUAUGGACCCGAACCCAUGGAUGUACAGUGUCCCUAUUGUCAUAAUUAUGCACGAACUCGUGUCUCCUAUCGUCCCAAUUCGAGAACUCAUCUAAUUGCUUUGAUUCUGUGUCUGUUUCAAUUAUAUUGCUGUGUUUGUUUGCCAUAUUGCAUCUCGAGUUGCAUGAACACGAAUCAUUAUUGCGGCAUGUGCGAUCAUUAUUUGGGCAGUUAUGUGCGCAAUUGAAUGGAGUUUACAGUGUUAACUGACUAAGUGCCACAACUAAGUAUUGAUAAUGUGAUGGACAAAACCAUUUUUUCUUAUUUAAAAACAAACAAACCUAUAAAAUAAGAAACAUUGAACAAAUUCUUCUUAAAAUUAACAGUCUCUCUCUCUCUGGAAGUGACUGAAAUUGUUCUUAAACAAGUCACACUGUAAAUAAAGACAACU